AUGACACUCGCGUGGGAAGUAUUCUACGCCCCACCUGGGUUCACGCUCCCGACCACAUUCCUGAACUCGCUCGCGAAGACAUCUUUCCUUAUGCAGAUCUGCGCCACAAUCGUCGCCCCGACGCCGCUCCUCGUCGCAAACUCGGUUAUCUUGGGGGAAGCCAUCAUACGGCUGGGGCAGCAGUACAGUCGGCUGGGUGCCACAAUAUAUACCGUCGUGUUCAUUGCCUGCGAUAUUGUCGCGCUCGUCAUCCAAGCCAUCGGAGGCAGUAUCGCCUUAGACGAAGACAUGAGCGGCGAGAACCUUACUUCUGGCGGAUACAUUAUGCUUGGUGGAAUCGUCCUCCAGCUUGUUGCCACCAGCGCGUUCAUGCUCCUAGCGGCUGAGUUCGUCGUGCGCUAUCUGCGCAACCGCCCCGUACGCGCACGUGCCUCACCAUUUGCUGCGCAUAAACUUGAGCAGUCCAUGCGGUUCAUGCUCCUCGUUCUUGCACUGAGUAGCGUCUCAAUCUUUGCUCGGUCGGUCUAUCGCGUGAUCGAGCUCUCGGACGGCUGGGACGAGCGGAUCAUCUCCACGCAGCGGUACUUCGACUGGCUGAACGGCGGAAUGGUUACGCUCGCGACGUUCACGGUCGACAUAGUUUAUUGAACGGCUGUGUCUCGGCUGUCGGACUCAGCACGGGAUGAUUUGAUUUACUAUGUGCGCAUGAGCCGCGCGUGGGAAUUCGUACUACGGCGGCAGUCUCAUUGUCUUGAUGCGACACUACUUGUCUCAGUUCUGUAGCAGUGGUGUGCGAGACAGUGAGAGACAGGGGCUUGGAAAA